UCAUUCGUACUACAUCAUGACUUUGACCUGGAUCUACUGUCUGCAAACACAUCCCCUCCAUGUCUUCUCUGCUCGAGCAUUGUAAGGGACUGAGUUGGCUUGGAUUGGGGUCUUGUGUUAGCGGGCCAUCAGUCAGUGUAGUUCAGUGUGUCGCUUUAAACCGUAUAUAUGUGUGUAUGUAACGUUAAUGAUCAGGUGUGUUAGCGCUUAGCCGCUAACGGCCACAGUCUGACGGACUCUUACCCACCACAGCCACCAAACUCUCAGCGUUUCUUAAGUUUGUGUAAACCAAACAAGCACAGAGUGUGGGUUUCAUUUGGAAAGUCAGCUUUUCAAGUCCUGGAGUUUGCCACGGGGUCAGCAGAGUGUGGGGUAUGAGUGAUGACGUCUGUGGUGCUUGUAGACAGUGGAGGAGCAGUGGUGGAGUAUGUUACUGCAGUGGAUGACCAUAUACCGGAGGAGGGUGUGUAUGAGUUUGAGGGAGAAAUAGAGGGAGAUGUGGAGUACCCUGCGGUAAUCGUGGAGCCGGUGCCCGGUGCGCGGUUGGAGCAGGGCUUCGCUGCUCAGGUGCUGGUGUACGAUGACGAAACCUACCUGAUGCAGGGAGUGGCUGAGGAGCAGGAGGUGGAGACAGAAGUGCUGGAGACAGUGGAAGCAUCAGUUUAUGGCUCUGUGCAUUGCUCAGAUAAAACCAUUGAGGCUGCUGAAGCUCUUCUACAUAUGGACUCUCCCUCCAGCUUGCGGGGAGACCGGAGCCCAGAGGUGUUUGUGCCUCCAUGUGUCAACACUUCGGAGUUCCUGCAUGCUGCCAUGCGACCUGACAUUCUGACGGAGACAGUGGUGGAGGUCAGCACAGAGGACUCGGAGCCUAUGGAGGUGGUUACGGUUUUUGAGGAGCCUGAGAUGCUGGAGACGGAACCCACUAAGAGAAGAAAAUGUGAGAACACAAGAACAUUAUUAGUCAACAGAAGUACAUACCUGUGGGAGUUUCUGCUGGACCUGCUGCAGGAUAAGAACACUUGUCCCAGAUACAUUAAGUGGACACAGAGGGAGAAGGGCAUCUUCAAGCUGGUGGACUCUAAAGCUGUGUCAAAGCUCUGGGGUAAACACAAGAACAAACCAGACAUGAACUAUGAAACCAUGGGCAGAGCGCUCAGGUAUUACUAUCAGAGAGGUAUCUUGGCUAAAGUAGAGGGUCAGAGGUUGGUGUAUCAGUUUAAGGAAAUGCCUAAAGACAUUGUCGUCAUCGAUGACGAUAAGUGCGACCCAGGUGAUGAUAUAAUCAGAGAGAAGACCUACGAGCGCAUUCCUCCCUCAUCUGACACUCUAUUGGUAACUGACCUCUCCAAAACCCCUGCCAUCUUGAGAGGGGGAGGAAGGACUGUGGUCCAUCCGGGCUCCCCAAAAGCUAAAGCUGCGCUCAAUGCAACUCCUUUUCAGCGCAUUGUAACGGUCUCUGCGUCAACAGAUCCAUCACAGCCGUCCCAUGCCACCUUUAUCACCAAUGCCAAUGCACCCAGGACUGUGCGAGUUGCUAUGCAAGUUCCGGUCGUCAUGACAAACUCCUUGGGACAGAAGAUCUCCACGGUGGCCGUGCAGUCAGCAAACCCUUCGCUCCUAACCACAGCACCUACCAACACCGGCUCAGCAACUGGUGCGAAUGCACCCAAAGUCCUAAUCCAGACCAUGCCAACGAUGGUUCCCGCCACAGCCGAGAACGGUGACAAGAUCACAGUCCAGCUCGCCAAGAUAAUCACCAUCCCCGCAACCCAGCUCACGCAGUGCCAGUUACAGACCAAACUGGGCACCCCAACAGGCAUCAAUCUGAUGGGCGCCCCCCUCACCGUCCGAGCCCUUACGCCCAUGUCUGUGGCGCCAGGGACGCAGGUGGUCAGAUUGGCAGUUCCGGCCCAACAGAGUCCAGCUCAGGCAAAGACGCAGGUCCCUGUUUCAAUCCAGAUGCAAACUCAAGUCCCAAUCUCCAUCCAUACGACAUCUACCCCGGCGUCAGUUCCAGUUCAGAUCCAGAUUCACCAGAGUCAGCUUUCUCCAAAAGCAAAAAGCGUAGCUCAGACCUCAGAGUCGAAAUCCGACAGCACUUCGGCAGAACAGCCUGAGCAGGACAAUCCCACACAGGACGCAGCAGUGGUGGUAGAGGAAGGUUCAAAACCACAAUCCGAAGCAGAGAGCUAAAGAACGUUUUGUCAGUCAUGAACAAUAAUAAAUUAAUUUCUAUUACCCAGAUACUCUUCAAUCACAUUCUGGAGUACAAACUGGAGAUUGGUUGCCUUGUACAGUUUCACAGUUCAAGUGUGGUUUCAUUUUUUUAUAUAUAUAUAUA